UGGUGCCCGCCCGCGCCCUUCGGCCGCCUCUGUCCUUCUCGGUCCCUUCCCAAAGCCGGGGACUCGUUUCCGGCGGAGGGAUCCGGGGUGGUGCCUCACCCUCCCCUCACAGCGCUCCCGUAGCUCCGGCGCGCGGGACGUUCGGUUGUGGCGGCGAUGGCGGAGCGGCGGCGAAGGGCGGCGAACGUGCUGGGCGAGCUCCUGCGGCGAAUAUGUGAAGAGGGAAGGGAGAGUGUCCCUGAACGUCCAUAUCUCUACGAGACUGAUGUGGAGAUCUGUUUGGUUGGUGGCAGUUGCAAAAGUCCUGUCGAAAGAUUUUGGAAUGGGAGCAGCACAAUGUAUAUUUUGCAGAAGGCAACACACCAUGAAGAAGGUGACUCCAUGGAAGAAUCAAAACCAGAGGAAGCUCUUUUUCCCUCUGAGCUUUUGCCAAAGGAGAGUCCUGGACCAGCAGCUCUUUCUGUGGGAAGAGCAAAGCAGUUGGUUUCCUUAUAUGCAAUGGUGCAAAAUCCAAAUGUGAGCCACCUGGGAAUAAGGGACCUGGUGCUUCCUCCCCUCUGGAUCAGGUGUGAUGGUUCUGAUCCUGAACACACCUGUUGGAUUGGAGCUGAGCCUCUCAGAGCUGGAAAGAAAAUCACAGGGAUCACGAUUUACAUGGUGGCAUGUGAUGGUCCUACAGCUGAUAAAACCUGUUUUGCAAACCUGGAAGAGCUCAAAAUGGAACAUAAAAGAAGGCAUCAUUCAUCUGUGGUGACAACAAAAGGAUUUGCUCAGUAUGAACUGAUCCAAGUUGCUGCAAUGGAGGACACCACUGUAGAAUCUGGAGGCAAUAUCUAUGUUGAUAUUACAUGGAAUAUUGUUGAUAAGAUUCUGGAGACUCCCCCACUGAUUUCAGCUGCCACUCUGAACAUUGCCCUGGAGUCAGGGGAUCCCAGGAGUCCUGUGUACCAGGUGUAUCGGGAGCUGCAGCUUCUCCUGGCUUUGGCUGAAGGUUUGAAGACGGGUGUGACUGAGUGGCCUGAGCCUCUGGAGUCUGAAUCAGCUGUUGAACUGGUCCAGGAAUUCCUGACUGAUUUAAAGAAGAAGCUGGAUGGAGACUGUGGGUCUGGGAGCAAGGAUGAAACAGAGAAAAUCAAAUGUGACACGGCUGCAGUGGACAGUUACAUCAAAUCCAUCUUCAGUGAGAGAGGAGACCUGGAUUUUGCUGAACAAUUAUGGUGCAAAAUGAGAAGUGUCAGUUCCUACCAGGAGCUGAUAGACUGUUUCACACGGGUCAUAAAAUCCCUGGAACGUGGUGAGAUCCAGCCCUGGAUUCAUCAGGGGAGCAGCAGCUUCCUACGGAAGUUAAUCCAGCAGUCCUACCAUGGGAAGAUGGAGGUGGUUUCCCUCAGUGGCAUCACUCCCAUCCAGAUGCUCUUUGAGAUUGGCUUGGAUAAGAUGAAGAAGGAUUAUGUCAGUUUUUUCAUAGGUCAGGAACUUGCAACAUUAACCUACUUGGAUUACUUCACUUCCACAUCAGUGGAUCUACAGGAACAAGUUCAUCGUGUUCAGAAGCUCCACCAUAUGCUGGAAAUAAUGGUCAACUGCAGAGUCUUACUCCAGUUCAGACAUGAGAACCUCUUCCCUUUGACACAGAUUUGCAUGAAGUAUUACAAGGAAAACCCUCUCAACGAGAAACACGUGUUUCAGCUGCCCAUCAGACCAGCUCUUGUGAAGAAAUUCUACCAAAAUGAACACCCUGAGCUAUGGAAGGUGGAGAUAAGCAGUGGGCACGGAGCAAAGGAGGUGAAAACAAUGUGGCAAGUCAGUACUAAGCCUCCUGUGGAACAUGUGGCAUCAAACAAUUCAGGUCUCUUCUCUGACUCCACAGUAAAUGGGAGCCCUGAGGAAAGGCUGUAUUUUAUCACAGUGACCAAGUGCAGUCAGGUGCAUUUCACAUAAAUCCAGGUUAGUCUGCAGGAAAGGUACAGUAAAGGCAAAGUUCAGUGUCUUCUGUGUCCCAACAGAUUAUUUAGGAACACUGAUUUAAAGAACAGCUCCUCUCACUGAGUGUUUGGCUUUAAUGUGCUUAAGUGGGACCUACACAGCCACAAUUCAUCUGUAGGCACUUAUUUUGUUUGUAAAUAUUGUGCAUUUCAGCCUGUACAGUAUAAAUAUUUUGAAAAUAUAGGUUUUUUUUUUGUUGUUCUUAUAUUUACAAGCAUUCAAUAAAGUUUUGCACUUUGGGGUUUCAUCUUUUAUUUCUGUUCAUUAAAAGUGCAGUCAGACACUGUACAAAGGGUCCAUUAUCUUAACCAACAAACCAAGCAAUAAUGUCAUGUUUUCCUCACAUCAAGUGAUGCUUCAUCAUCCUUACAGGUUUGGAAAGCUGU